GAGCCCACUUGGGCAUACCUUUGGGACAAUGUCUCGGAGAUGUCGGGCGAUCCAAAGAUCAUGUACAUGCAGUACACUGCGGAGUUGGACACUCUUACCGCUGAGCAGGUGGAAUGGGAGCCAUAUGGUAGCUACUACCGUAUUGGCGCGUCGAUGACUGACCUCAACCACAAGUGCACGGAGGAGGCGCGGUUCUGGCGUAUGCGCUGCCCACUCAUAUGCAUGUGGCUUGUUGAACACCACCAGCCGCAAAGAGUGAUGAGACAGUUUGGGCUGUAUCGGAGUGCCCACCAGUACAUCAUCUACAUUGCCAUGUGA